CCACGUAACUUUUACGCUAUUUCAUAAUCAUACCAGACUUAUCAUGCUAAUACUGAAUAAAACAGAUAUGACUCCAGCUUCAUUUAUUCUGAAUGGAGUCCCAGGACUGGAAGACAUACAGGUCUGGAUUUCCUUCCCAUUCUGCACCAUGUAUAUUGUGGCUAUGGUUGGCAAUUGUGGACUCCUCUACCUCAUCCGCUAUGAGGACUCCCUGCACAGGCCCAUGUACUACUUCUUGGCCAUGCUUUCCCUUACUGACCUUGUCAUAUGCUCCAGUACAAUCCCUAAAGCCCUCUGCAUCUUCUGGUUUCAUCUCAAGGAAAUUGGAUUUGAUGAAUGCCUGGUCCAGAUGUUUUUCAUCCACAUCUUCACAGGGAUGGAGUCUGGGGUGCUCAUGCUUAUGGCCCUAGAUCGCUAUGUAGCCAUCUGCUACCCUCUACGCUAUUCAACUAUCCUCACCAAUCCUGUCAUUGUAAAAGUUGGGCUCACCACUUUCUUGAGAGGCGUAUUACUCAUUACUCCCUUUACUUUCCUUACCAAGCGCCUGCCCUAUUGCAGGGGCAAUAUAAUUCCCCAUACCUACUGUGACCAUAUGUCUGUAGCCAAAUUAUCCUGCGGCAACGUCAAGGUCAAUGCCAUCUAUGGUCUGAUGGUUGCCCUCCUGAUUGGUGGCUUUGACAUUCUGUGUAUCACAGUCUCCUACACCAUGAUCCUUCGGGCAGUGAUUGCCCUCUCAUCGGCAGAUGCUCGGCAGAAGGCCUUCAGCACCUGCAGUGCCCACAUCUGUGCCAUUGUUUUCUCCUAUAGUCCAGCUUUCUUCUCCUUCUUUUCCCACCGCUUUGGGGGCCACGCAAUCCCUACAUCUUGCCACAUCAUCGUAGCCAACAUUUAUCUGCUCCUUCCUCCCACCAUGAACCCUAUUGUCUAUGGGGUGAAAACCAAGCAGAUACGAGACUGUGUUAUGAGAAUUCUUUCAGGUUCCAAGGAAGCCAAAUCCCACGGCAUAUGAAUAGACACUUGCCAGGA